CAGCCCCCCCCCCAAAAAACCCCAUCCUCCGCGAGGGGGGGGGACCCCUGGGAGGACCUGGAGCCCCCCAGCGGGGGAGACAACAUCAAGGACGCGGGCGCGAAGCGAAGCCGCGGCGGAUCCCCGACGGAAACGUGGAAGGAAUUGGAGGAACUGGGCAAACUCCGCGCGGAGGCCAGAAAACGGGAGCGGGAACGGGAGCGGGGCCGGAGCUGGGCGAGCGCGCGGCAGCUGCGGCAGCAGCAGAGCCUGGAGCUGAAGCUGCUGGAGCGGCGCUACCAGGAGCUGAUGGAGAGCAGGCGCCAGGCGCAGGCCGCGCGCAAAGCGGCCGCCGAGGAGGAGCGCCUGGCGGACAUGGCCUCCGACCUCCUCCUGCGCUACCUCCUGCACGGCCCCGGCGCCGAGGGGAAGCGAUCCGAGGAGGAGGAGGACGAGGAGGAGGAAGGAGGGGAGAGGGAGAGGAAGGGGGCUUGGGUUGGCAAGGGGUUCGCCGCGGAGAGGGAGUUCCCCGAGGAGAAGGGGUUUUCCAUGGGGAAGGCGUCGGCGGCGGGCAACGGGUUCCCAACGGGCAACAGGUUCUCGGCGGGGAAGGAAUUCCCCGAGAAGGAAUUCUCAAUGGGGAAGGGGUCCUCGGUGAGUAAGAAAUUCUCGGCGGGUAACGGGUUACCCGCGGGAAAGGAGUUCUCCGUCGAUAAGGAAUUCUUAAUGGGCAAGGGGUCCUCGAUGGGAAAGGAAGCCCCCAGGGGCGGCGCGUGGAAAGGGCUCCCCAUGGACAACGAGAUCCCCAUGGACAACUGGGUCCCCAUGGACAACGAGGUCUUCGUGGGGAAGAAGAUCCCGAUGGGGAAGAAGAUGGCGAUGGGGAAGAAGAUCGCGACGGACACCGCCAGAUUCCUGGGCAACGAGAUCCCCGCGGGCAACGAGAUCCCCGGGGACGAGGCCCCGAUGGGCAACGAGAUCCCCGGGGACGACGACGCAGCCAACGAGAUCCCGGCGCGCGGGGACGUCCCCCUCCGCGGCCGCGUCCCCGCGGGUGACGAGGAGCUGCCGGCCGCCGCCAGCUCCCGCCCGCACGCCCCGCUCCCGUUGGCCGAAGCUCUGGCGGCGGCGCUGCCGCCGGCUCCCGGGGACGGCGGGGACGGCGUCGGCGACGGCGACGCGGGGCUGGACCCCGGGACCAUCGACCAGCUGAUCGAGCUGUCCAGCCGCCUGCACCUCCCGGCGGACGACGUGGUGGACAUCAUCCACGACGUGGAGCAGAAGCGCCAGGAGCAGGCGGCGGCGGCGGCCGCGUUCCCGCUGCCCGGUGAUGACGUCAGCGAUGAUGACGUCACCGAGGAGGAGGAGGAGGAGGAAGAGGAGGAGGAGGGGGGGGAUGAAGUCGUGGCUCCGCCGCCUCUCCCCGCCCCCCGGCCCAGGACGUUCCGGCCCCCGGCGACGCGGUGGGGGGGGAGGAGGUGGUGAGGGGGACCCGGCCCCGUUCCCAUCUCAGCGCCCCGGUCCCAGCUCCUCCGGUUCCCGGUCCCACUUCUCCCAGUUCCCCGCUCCCAAUCCCAGUUCCCCCAGUCCGGGCCUCUCCGUUCCUCAAUGCCGGCUCUCCCAGUCCCGCUCCUCCCGCUCCCCCAGCCCCAUUUUCCCCGCCCCGGUUCCCCCAGUUCCCCAGCCCCACUCCUU